UUCUCCUCUCCAUUCACUCGCUCGCUCGCUCCACUCUCUGUUUACUUUCACUCUUCAUUCCAAACCACAGCACGACAGUCACUCAAUAAACAAUUUUUGCGAUGAGGGAUAAAACCUGCUCCAAAACUUAAUUAUAAAUUGGUAACCCUUACUUCUUGUUUUUUUGUUGUUGUGGAAUGAAGAAGGGACUGGUGGUGUGUGUGAGCUUCCUGGGGACGGAAAUCGAAGAAGAUAAGAAGAGCAAAAUUAUUGUACAAGGAUGAGACGACCCAACUUGUUGUUGGGGAAGAAGGGGGGAAGAUGGGUGGGGAUGUUGCUAUUGACGUUACUACACCUCUCGUACUGUGACGAUCAAACGGUUAACAAUAACUCGUCGAUAGCGGUCAACUCGUCUGGGCAAAAUUUGGUAAACAAUUCAAUUCCUCAACAUUUAAUUGGUCAAGGUGACACAUCGUUGGACUCUAGUAUUGGGGUAUCACAAGCGUCACCAUCAUCAUUGGCUCCGUUGGCUACAUCCCCACAACCUCCAGCUACAGUCAAUGUAGAUUCACUGGCGGAGCAGGAACAUAGCAGUUCUAUGGCCAUUUUCUUUGUACUCUGUGUCUUAGGCGUAUGCAUCCUUUCGAUUCAUGUAAUGAUUCAAACAAAUUUGCAAUACCUUCCAGAAAGUAUUGUUGUGAUAUUUCUUGGUGCGCUUAUUGGACUAUUUUUGAAAUUGCUUUCCGAGGCUAAUGCUGACUUUGGGAAUUGGCAGAAAGAGGAAGCCCUUUCUCCCACUGCUUUUUUCUUGGUGCUCUUGCCCCCCAUUAUUUUUGAGUCGGGUUAUAAUUUGCAUAAGGGAAAUUUUUUCCAAAAUAUUGGGAGCAUCAGUGUCUUUGCAGUAAUUGGGACUGUUAUAAAUGCAUUAGUUUUUGGUGGAGGAGUGUACCUUUUAGGAGUGGCGGAUAUUGUUUACAAGCUAAACUUUGUGGAGAGUUUCGCCUUUGGUUCCCUCAUAAGUGCGGUGGAUCCUGUAGCCACACUUGCAAUUUUUACAGCGUUGGACGUAGACCCAGUAUUGAAAAUGUUGGUGUUUGGAGAAAGCAUUUUAAAUGACGCAGUCGCUAUUGUGCUCACCUCGACUGUUCUUCAACUGAACACUGAUGCAUCUGCAUCUCUCUUGGAGGGAAUGAAAAAUUUCUGCUUUUUAUUUUUCACUUCUGCCGGAAUUGGAAUUGCAUUUGCCUUGACAAGUGCCUUGUUAUUAAAACACAUUGAUCUGCGAAAAAAUCCGUCCCUAGAAUUUGGAAUGAUGUUAAUAUUCACUUAUGGGCCUUACACUUUGGCAGAAGGGGUUCAUUUAUCUGGGAUUAUGGCGAUUCUGUUUUGUGGGGUCGGAAUGUCUCACUAUACACAUUUUAAUCUCUCUCCAGUUACACAAAUAACAAUUCAACAAACUAUGCGAACUUUAGCUUUUAUCGCUGAAACUUGCGUGUUUGCAUAUUUGGGACUGGCAAUAUUCAGCUUUCACCACCGGAUAGAGAUUGCUCUUGUAAUAUGGAGCAUAAUUUUAUGCUUGCUGGGCAGAGCAUUAAAUAUAUUUCCCCUUGGGAAUCUGGUCAACAAAUUCCGGACUCACAGAAUUUCUGUAUCUCAGAUGUUUGUAAUGUGGUUUUCUGGACUUAGAGGAGCUAUUGCAUACGCUUUAAGUUUACAUUUGGAGUUUGAAACAGAGACGAGACAAGUGAUUAUCACGACCACGCUAAUUAUUAUAUUGUUUACCACGUUAGUAUUUGGAGGAUUAACGAUGCCAAUUGUGAAAUACGUGCAAGGUGACAGCAGACGAACGCGAAGAAGACGCAACAGUCGAAGAAGAAGUAACGUCAUAUCUCUGAGUAAAACUAAAGAAAUGGGUCAAACGAUUGAUUCAGAGCACUUGUCCGAGCUUACGGAAGAAGAGCUUGAAGGGACUAUUGCCACACAAAAUGCCUUUCUACGAAUUGACGCCAAGUAUUUGAGGCCUUUUUUUACUCGUCGUUUCACACAAGAGGAACUCCGUGAUUGUCAAAGUCAAAUGACAGAUUUAACGAACCGAUGGUACCAAAAUAUUCGAGUCUCACCUUUGAAUAGCGACGAUGAAGAAAUCGAGUUUGCAGUCAAUGGUGAUGUUCAUUGAAGAUUAUAGUAUAUUUUUAUAUGGAAAACUGUGAUUAUUCGCAUUUAAUCAAUCGAUCACCGAGUCAUAAUAUAUUAGUCUCUCCAUCAAAAUAUCAUGUCUAGUCUAAAAGUAUUGCCAUCAAAAUAUAUGUAUACAACUGUUAUACCGAA